AUGAAUUUGAGCAGUUAUAAAAAUACAAAAGCAGAGGAGCAAAAAAUAAACCCAGCGCAGAAGGCUGAAGAAAAAGGGGAAGCAGCCAACUGCCAGCGUGAUAAAAGCAAGAUCCAAUUGUGGAUGUGGGCCAGGUUGCUGGAGGCAAGAGCUCUCAACAGCCCCAGUGGCGACUUCGAGACAAAGAGUCUAAGUUAUGCUCCGGGGGCAAGUGAGGAGCGUCUGCUGGAGGAGAGCCGGCCUCUGGACGAAGUGAGAAGAGGCCAAAAUGGAAGUUCCGCCAUUUCUUUAUCGGGAGACCUGGGCAUGGGUAAAAUGUGUGCAUGUGGGAGUGCGUGCAUGUCCGUGCCUGUGUGCGCGUACCGAUGCGAGGUACAUGAAGCGUCAGUAGAUGGCUGGAACGGGCUCAACAGGGCCGAACAGGUAAGGUGUGUUCUGGAUCAGUAUUUCCACGAUUCGCGCGUGUAUAUGAACGCUGUCGUGAAGUUGCUUGGUUCCACCCUCAGGCCACAUCAAAGUGGGGCCUAA